AUGACAGUCCUGGUCUUCCCGCAACCACUAACUCCAAACAAUGAUAGCAGAGGCGAUAUGCCGAAUAUCUUUGAGAUCUUGCUUGUUGCUCUGGUGAGUAGCUCCUUUGAUUCAAUAUUGGCGAGAUUGAUUGUAGCGCCCUCAUCAGGAACAGAGACGUGGAAGAGAUUCAAUUUGCCAGCUGCAAUGUCGUCGAAUUGAGGUUCGUUCUUCUUCUUGAUUGCAUCUUUGAGAGCAGCAAUUGAGUCAUCAGCAUUCACUUGGACUUCAAAUGCGGAAGAGUCGCCG